UUGCUAGCUUGGGGUUUGGUGGUUGUGUCAGCUGUUUGUAUGCGGAACGAAAUAGUAUGAAUUAAAUAUCAGUUAGUCCAAAGUUGCUAAAUCGUUUUCCAUUAAAAGACUGCAUGAAUAAUUUAGGUUUUAAAAUACGAAGAGAUUUUUAAAACGUCUAUGAUAUAAACAUUUAUGUUAAUGAUUUAGGUCAUGCCUGCGAAAUUUGAGGUGUCGUUGAACGGAUUCAGGCAGAAGGCAGUUAGGUGUAUGGAGGAGGUUAAGAAUUGCCUAGAGAGAAUUUGACAUGGAAGAAGAAUCGUUGCAGGUACUGCACGAAGAGGACUCGUUAUCGAAGCGCCUCCGUCUUUCUCUGGACGUCGGUGUUCACGGCCAAAUUAAUUCCGUCUACUCCAAAUUACAUCCCGUGUCUGGGAUAUCCCACCAUCGCAACCAUAGCCUGGACUACCGGCUGAACAACGGCAGUCAACAACAUACUCAUCAUCGCAAUAGAAGCUUGGACUCUGUUCUCCAGCAAAUUCCAGAGAGCAGCAACUCAACCUACAGCCAACCACUCCAUUGUCAAGUAUCUAAACUCCAUGACGCAAGCAGUGACAGCGUCUCCUUGGACACUCCGCCUUCGUCCGCCAGUCCAUCCUGCGUCAAUCCGGUUCGGGACAACACGGACCGGACAAGUCUAGCUUCCGAUGACAGUGGUAUCUUUAAUUCGGACGAUGGCGAGCGUCAACACCAACGGUUAAUGCCGGACAGUGUUCACGGCCUCGUCCCAUUACAUUCCUCGACAAGCGAACUUCCCAGAGAUAUCUCAGACAUGGCCGAAGAGGCUAUGGAUGAACCAGUGUGUGAUAACCAAGAACUAGCGGAUUCUAUUGAAUCCAAAUCCAAAGUUGUCAUGUUUCCUAAGCCUCCACCCAAAGAGUCACUGUUGCUUCGCUUGUUUGAGUCAACAUUAUUCGAUAUGUCCAUAGCUAUUACUUACCUCUUCAACUCUAAGGAACCUGGAGUUCAGACAUAUCUGGGUAAUCGGAUGUUCACAUUUGAUAAUCAAAGUGUUGAUUUUUAUCUUCCUCAACUUGUCAGCUUGUACGUCCACCAUUCUGAUGUUGCAGAAGCUAUUCAUCCAUAUCUUGUGUACAGGUGUCGAAACAGUGUUGAAUUCUCCCUUCAGUUAGCAUGGUUGCUGCAAGCAUUUUGUUCAGAAAAUACGCCGUCCCGAAGAAAGUCACAAGGGGCAAAACUGAAAAAGUUGAUUUUGUCUGAAGAACUAAGGCCUAAAGAUGCUGUUAUUCCUUCUCCACCAUCUGGUCAUGUACUUUCGCCCAAAAAGACUCACCAAAGGUCAUAUUCAGAUGCUACAGGUCUUGUAGGAAAUAUGAGGCGAAGUGUUUCAACAAUUGGAGGCCUAAGUAAACUUGCUCCUAAGGACUUAGCAUCAGGUCAUGCAUUUGACAAUGGUUGUAAAUGCUUUGACAGCUGUAAAAGCAUUUGUAGUGAUCUUAGAGGCCAAACAGUGCAUUGCCAUUGCCAAGCACCACGUCUUGGAGCAGAGCAAGAUUUCGUUCAAGCUCUGAUGUCAAUAGGCUUACGUCUUCAACCAGUUUUAACAAAAGAGUUAAAAACCCAAAAACUUCAAGCAGAGUUGUCUAUGUUGAAUUUAAACUUGCCAGCACGUGUUUGGCUUCCCAUUCAUUCCGAUACUAUGAAACAUUUGAUUUUGAGGAUUCCUCCUCAGGCCUCAGUGGUGCUGAAUUCUAAAGAUAAGGCUCCGUAUUUAAUAUAUGUUGAAGUAAUUGAAGUAGAUGACAUUCACGGUGCUGCUGUUCCACCAAAAAUGAUAAAUGCUCUUCGCCAAACUCGUUCUGAAGAAAAUCUUCCUGAUUACUUUGGAAAUCAGGAUUUCAGUGGUGUUUCUUUUUCAUUACAUCCUACAUUAGAAGAUGAUGCAGAUUGUUGGUCUCAAGAAGACGAUGCCAUUUCUUUGCAGUAUGCAUCCUGCCAAAAACCUAAGGACAGAGAUGCUCUAUCUCAGAUGUCUCAAGAUAGUGGUACAAGUGCAGACAGCAGAGAACCAAGUUUUGUGGCUGCUGGUGAUAUACGGAGAAGAUUGUCAGAAAAUAUAAAUGCACCAAAAAGUACAUUUAAGCGUGAUCCUGAAGAUCCUUCUGCUGCAGCUCUGAAAGAACCUUGGGAAGAAAAGGUUAGGAGAAUUAGGGAAUCUUCACCGUAUGGACAUCUUCCAAAUUGGAACUUAUUAUCAGCCAUCAUCAAGUGUGGAGAUGAUCUGAGACAAGAGUUAAUGGCAUAUCAGUUACUGGCAACUUUGCAAAAAAUCUGGGAGACUGAGAGGGUGCCCCUCUGGGUUCGGCCAUAUCGGAUAUUGGUCACUUCUGAUGACAGUGGCAUGAUCGAACCCAUUCUGAAUACUGUUUCAUUACAUCAAGUCAAGAAACACAGUAAAAUGUCUCUAUUAGAAUAUUUCCUUCAAGAAUUUGGUAGUUCAACAAGUGAAGCAUUCCUGACUGCACAACGCAAUUUUGUACAGAGUUGUGCAGCAUAUUGUCUUGUAUCGUACCUCGUUCAAGUGAAGGAUAGGCAUAAUGGGAACAUAUUGCUUGAUGGCGAAGGUCACAUUAUUCACAUAGAUUUUGGAUUUAUUUUGUCAUCAUCUCCCAAGAAUCUGGGAUUUGAAAAUUCUCCUUUUAAACUUACUCAGGAGUUUGUGGAUGUAAUGGGAGGACCUGGAAAUGAUAUGUUUGAAUAUUUUAAAAUAUUAAUGUUGCAAGGCCUGGUUGCUGCUCGCAAGCACCAUGAACGCAUCAUUACACUGGUGGAAAUAAUGCAAGCCUCCUGCCAACUUCCAUGCUUUAAAAAUGGAGCCAGUGCCAUCAGAGCUCUCCGAGAUAGAUUUCACAUGGCCCUGACUGAGGAACAACUUCAGCUACUUGUAGAUACUAUGGUUGAGUCUAGCAUGCAUUCAUUGACAACUAAACUCUAUGAUGGUUUUCAAUAUUUAACCAAUGGAAUUCUUUAAAAGUACCCAUUUCUCCAUUUACUAAAGUGCACUUUGAUUUGAUUGUCCAAGUUUAACUAGUGGAACCACUGUUUAUAGUUCUGGAUGUCAUCUGACCUUAAUGCAAUAGAGCAACCUUUCUCCUCAAAAUUGUGUGUGAGUUUUGGAACAGAUGUUGAAUGUAUUAUAGAGAGUGUGAGCAAACUAUGUAUUUAUGCUGUAAUUAAGCCGACAUAAUUCUGCGUUUAUGCGCGAAGAGGAUAUUUUUGCUGUACAGUAAUAAGUGAAAUGUUAGUCAUUGUGGUAUCUUAAUGUUUAUAACAUCUUCACAGGAUGUGAACUCUUGUUAAUUGUAAAUCAACUUUUUUUAUGCAUUACCAUAAUUUCUGUAAAAUAAACUCCCAAGAGGUGAUGCCCUUUUUUUAAUCAUAUUUGUGCUCACAUUUGUUUGAAAGAAAUCCUGUACCUUUCUUUUUUAAUUGGGUAGGGCUGUUAUUGUUACAUUUGAAUUCUGCCAAAACUAAGGGUAGUAAAUGUAACCUUCCUGUCUUACUUGUAUCAAUCAGGUGCUCUUGAUUCCUGCAGAUUAAAAAAAAUCAAGCAGUUUAGUAUUUAUUUACAUUUAUGUUUUAAGUAGGAUUUCACAGUUAUAUUCAGGUUUCCCAAAUAUAUUUAAUAUAUUUUUAAAUGGCUUAGUUGGUUCAAGUACCAAAAAAAAAAAACUAUAUAUUAUUAUUUUAGAAAUAUUACCAGAAAAUGUGAGGUAGCAUCAUGAAAAAGUCAAAAUAUGAAAGUAAUAAUGAAUAACUAUAUUUUGUAUAAAAAGUGUCCGUAUUAUAACACAUUUUCUCUGAAUAUAAACUUACUUUUGGCAGAAGUCGAGUAUUGAGUCUUUAUAUUCUAAAUUAUUUGUCUUUAUGCUUUUAAAUAACUAGACUGUUACUUUUGUCAUUACUUUUUGCUUUUUUAAGCAUUUUAUUUUUACACAAGACAUAAGCAAUAACAUAUUCACUACAGAGUUUUAUAUGCAAUAGUGGAUUUCAUGCAUACUGUAUUUCUUUUCCCUCUUCUAUGGAUAAUUCAAACUUAUUUAGCAUGUUUUUUAUAUGUUUAUUUAUACAUCAUAUUAAAACUAAAGAAUUGUUUUGUGUAUUUAGAUCCAAUUUAAGAAGCAUAAUUUGAAGUUUGUUUUAAUUUUCUCUGCCAUAACCUUUGACACAAAUCAUAUUCUUUACUUAGGAAAAUAAGAAAAAGUUCUAGUCUUUACCCAUUAAAAGUACUAGAGUAGUUCUUUAAAUAUGAUCUUCUAUUAUCUUCUGAAAUUCAAAUUUAAAGAAAUUUUAACUAGAAAUCCAUUUUAAAGUAUAUUACCAUAAGAGAAGCUUUUCAUAUUUAUUAUUAGUAUUCUUACAUAAUCAAAAUUCUGCAAAUUAUUGCAGAAACUGUGGCAAUCUGAAUCUGUCUUUUUAAAACAAAUUAUGUAAAAAACUGUGAAUUAGUAUUUUUGCAAAAGAAGUGAAUCAUACAUUACCAUAAUCUUAACUGUUUUCUUCAUAUGUGAUAAAUACAUAUUUGGUUAACUAUACAUUGCCUUUGAUACAAGUUUUAAAUGUAUUUUGUGCAUAAAAUUGCCUGUUUUACCUAAGCAUAACAUUGGCUGUAAAUUAUAUAAAAUAAACACAAAAUAUUAUUGUAAUUGGUGUUUGAUGUUAUUGUAAUUAUUAAUAUUAUUUUAAUUGGUGUUUCUUCCUAUAAUUAAACUAUCAAAAUAAAAAGUUUUAGUAUAAUUUGUCGUGUUAAUAUCUGUGCAAAAAUUUUCAGAUUUCUAAAUGUAAAUUAUGUUACACGAUAUCAAGAAUCUACAAACUAGUAUUUUGCAUAUCCAGAUGCAAUGAAAUCAUCAUAAAUGUAUCAUUAAAAAAAAAAGAGUACAAUCUACACCAGAUAUGAAUUGUCACACCAAAUGUUUUAAUGCUGAUUUUGUUCUUUAAUACAAUUGUUGAGCUCAAGAACUUACCAGUAGUAAAUAAUGCUGUACCAGUUAUUGUAUUUCAAUCAUUAUUGCUUGCUUUUUUUUUUUAUGUGAAAAAUACUGAAAAACAAAAAUUGCCAUAUGUUAAAUUGUAUUUUGCAUAUAAAAUCUCAGAUUUUUGAAUUCAUGUCACGUUUGAUUCCAUGCCAGAUUCUUUAUCAAAAACUACUUCAUAAGAGUUUAAAUAGAUUUUAAAAUGUUUAUAUCAUAACUAUAGAAUAAAUUUUUUUAUGUAUAUUAAUUUAUUUGUAAAUAUCUAAUAUUUGCAAUACUGACACUCGUACUUGAGUUUAAAAACACAAGAACUUUCCUGGAGGGUAACGUAUUUAAAUUUACAAGAUGAUUAAUGUUAGCCGGCAGAAAUUGAAGUAAAAAAAUUUCUUUGUUGGUAGCAAUUAAUUAUCGUGACAGUAUUCUUUCAACGUCAGUUUUUCUGCUACACUGAUUGUAGUAACAGUUUGAAACUUUCUAUGUAUAUUACUUUAUUAUUUUCUUGUACAUAGACUGUAAAAUCAAAAUGUUUUUACUAAGUAUUCCAAUUUUAUUUUGUGUAUGCUUUCAAUUAGUUGUUAUUCUUUAGUGAGUUACCCAUAUAAUAGGAUGAUUUAUCAUUAUCUGAAAAUGUAAUUUUUGUACAUAUGCAAUUAAUCAUGUAUCUCAAGGAUCAAAUAAAUUCAUAUAAACUCGUA